UGCUCGGUGAUGUCACGCUUCUUCCGGCCCGCCGCGCUUCCUCCGCGUGGAGACGAACACACUGGCGGCUGAGACUGUCUUAAUUCCUGGGUUUGGCGACCAGAAAGGCGAAAUGGAGGUUGAGGUGUUGCCGAGUGCGAAGUGGCUGUACUGUGGGGAGUCCGAGGAGAGCCAGAGAGCUGUACUGGUUCAGUUCUCCAACGGGAAGCUGCAGAAUCCAGGUAACAUACGCUUUACCUUGUACAAGAGCAACGACUCCACAAACCCCAGGAAGAGGAGUCACCGGAUCCUGGCAGCUGAAACAGACAGACUUUCCUAUGUGGGAAACAAUUUUGGGACUGGAGCCCUCAAAUGCAACACUCUAUGCAGGCACUUCGUGGGAAUUUUGAACAAGACCUCUGGCCAAAUGGAAGUGUAUGAUGCUGAAUUGUUCAACAUGCAGCCACUGUUUUCAGAUAAUUCAUUUGAGAGUGACUUGACAUUAGAGAAUCAGAGCAAAACUUUUAGAGAUAAGAUGGACUCUUGCAUUGAAGCCUUUGGCACCACCAAACAGAAGCGGGCUCUGAAUUCCAGGAGAAUGAAUAAAGUUGGCAGUGAAUCUUUGAAUCGUGCGGUAGCUAAAGCUGCAGAGAGUAUUAUUGAUACAAAGGGUGUGACUGCUCUGGUUAAUGAUGCCAUCCAGGACAACUUGCAAGAUGACUCCCUCUACCUUCCUCCCUGCCAUGCUGAUGCAGCGAAGCCUGAAGACGUGUAUAAAUUUGAAGACCUUCUUUCUCCUGCGGAGUAUGAAGCUCUUCAGAGCCCAUCUGAAGCUUUCAGGAAUGUCACGUCAGAAGAAAUACUGCAGAUGAUUGAAGAGAACAGCCAUUGCUCCUUUGUCAUAGAAGCAUUGAAGUCUUUGCCGUCCAAUGAGGAGAGCCGGGACCACCAGGCCCGAUGCAUAUGGUUUCUGGACACACUCAUCAAAUUUCGAGCACAGAAAGUGAUUAAGCGGAAAAGUGCCCUGGGACCUGGAGUUCCACACAUCAUCAACACCAAACUGCUGAAGCACUUUACCUGCUUGACCUACAACAAUGGCAGUUUACGCAACGUAAUUUCCGGCUCUAUGAAGGCAAAGAUCAUCGCGUAUGUGAUCAUACUCGCCUUGCACAUAAACGACUUCCAGAUCGACCUGACAGUGUUACAGAGGGACUUGAAGCUCAGUGAGAAAAGGAUGAUCGAAAUAGCAAAAGCCAUGAGGCUGAAGAUUUCUAAAAGAAAGGUGUCUCUGGCAGCCGGCGGGGAGGAAGAGCACCGACUGGGCGCCCUGUGCAUCCCACUGCCUCCAGCCCAGCUGGACCGCCAGUCCAAGCGGAGGAAAAUGACGUAGAGGUGUGUUCUCCAGACAGAGCAGUUUGGCCACAUCAUAGCCACUACUUCGAUUCACUUCCACUUUUCAUUUUUAAAGAGGAAAGAGCAGCCCUGCCUUAGCCUGGGUAUGAAGCCACAAGCCAGCAUCUCAGUCAUGCUUGCCUGAAGCAAAAAAAACAUCAAGUGACUACCAUAUUGGACUUCUCCCUCUUUCAGUGUUGUUGUGAUUGUAAAUGGCAGGCAGUUCUUGUGUUGGUUCACAUGUGAUGUGGGAGAGGGGGCCCUGGGAAGCUGGAGCCAAAGGAUCUCACAGGCUGGACCCGGGGUCAGAUCCAAUGGAUAAAGGUUAAUAAAGAGAAAUGUGAAGUGCCAUCCUUAGGUCUUGGAGCACCAGUGGAGGACAAGGUGAGGAGGAGACAGCCCAGCAGGGCUGGAGGGGAGGCUUCAGGUCACCAGGAUGAUGGAGUUGCCCAGAUAGAUGGGUUGAGUUGGAAGCUGCUGUAACGAGGGAGCCCUUGCCUUAACAGGGAGGAAGCGAUUAUCCCAGUUGCCCUGUCUGGCUCAGGCCGCGUGGCGGGUAGCAGCCAGCUCUGAAGCCACAGUUCUGAGGGGGUGAAUCAGAGUUCAUCACAGAAAACAAAUUGUACUAGGUAUCUUAAGAAAGGACGUGAGUUAUGUGGAUAAAGGGUACAGUUUGUUAAAGGGCUAUAGUUUAGGGAACCGGGGGGUUACCACCUGAACUGCUCAGUCCAAAAGCAUACUGCUGAGGUUGCCAUGCAGGCAUUGAGAAGCCACUUCUGCCCCACAGCUGCUUGAAUUCAUGAAGCUGGUAACUUGACAUUUGAGUUCAGCCUCCCAUGCUUUUAAUACCCACAUUUCCAACCUCUGCUUGUCAGCACAACCAAAGGAUCAAGAAGCUGGCUUCCAUCUUUAUUCUGGGAGUACAUAGGUAGGAACCGAAUUUGCAUCUAGAAUCCUAGCAGCAAGGGAGUCUAGGAAAUAGGUUUCGGCUCUCCAGCAUCUACAUAGAGGAAGGCAUAUCUGCAGGAGAUGGGAAUGGGUACUGAGUGCCAACGAACCUUAUCUGCCACAGGGGAGAUGGAGAAGUCAGAGGGGUGUCAGGAGGAAUUCCAGAAUGUAACAUGGAGAGACUUAGGUACAUGGCUAACAUAUUCAGGGCUGUUCUGGGAGCAGCUAAGGUUUGUGGUGCUCAGUGCUGCGGAGCGAGGAGCAGUGAAGGGAGAUAGAAUUCGCCUCAAAAUGAAGGAGGAUAUGGAAAUGAGCCUUAGAUGCCUCAUUUGGGACAGGUGGUCCUUGUAUUUUUUGAGCUCUGGGGUGCAGUUACCAGGGCCACUUCUGGAGCGAGGCUAUGCCUCCAUUGUUUAUUUUCCAAGCUCUUCCCUGGUUUGUCUCACUUGUCUCUGAUCCUGAAUAAUGGGUGUGUGUAGCUUCCUUUGUCGUCUUCCAGCAGAAGUGUGAGCAGGAAAUCUAAAUGCCUCUUUUAUCUUAGCUGUUGUGAAAAUCAAGUAUGUGACUCUGCAUCAGAAAAAAAAAUCCUGAUCAGUCUCUGGGAAAAGAACUAAUGUGUUUAUAGGGUAGAAUGUGAUUUUGUGAAUGCUUUUUAGAUUCUGAUGGGUUUGACACCUUGAAUUUCCAGGAAUGACUGGGUCACAGCAUGUGAGCAGGCCUCUGAACAACUGCUGUCCGAAAGGCAGAGCCCCAAGUCUUCAGUCACACACAGCAGUGGCACUGAUAGGGAAGAAUCUAGGAUGGCAGGUACUUGUCCUGGACGACAACAGGUAUACCUCACUAAAUGUAGGUGGUGCAUUCCCAGGGGCUGACUGAAGAGCACCUUUCUCUACAUCAAGGGAUUGGUGAGUCAAAAGGCUCAAGAGGGCCCUUGUUUGACUUGAACAAGUCUCAUGAAAGCAGCUUGCACAGUGCCGGGCAUGUAAGCAGGCAGUGUAUGUUGAAUGAGUACCAUGAACCGCAACUUCUCUCCUUGGCAGGGCUAUUAGGAGGUAAACACUUGCAGAAUGAUGGAAUUGUAUUUGUGGUUUUUAUAGCUCUAAAAAACCAUUUGUUUACUAAUACAUUCACAAUGAAUACCUUAAUCUCACCUAGUUUUGGUCCUCCUCCCCCCUAAUGUCUACUGAUGUCCUCUUUGAAGAAAGGGAGACUGGGCUAGAAACUGGUCCCCUUAGUAAGAUUUGUGGUUUGUGGAAUAAUCUUAACUUAGAGGCAUUGCUUAACUGACGUCUGUUCCCUGAGGGAGACCGCUGCCUGUGGCCCUCACCUAUUGUCCACUGUUAACACUGAUGAGGUCAAGGACCCCAACCUGGAAAUUGAUAAUUAGAUAAAAUUCUUUAGUGUCUUCCUUUAAAAACUUGGAUAUGUCAUACUUAGAGU